AUGUCAAACCUAAUUAGAAGUCGUAAGGCGGUGUCGGCUGCACAUAGUUCGCCUCCCCUGUCGCAGCCAUCAGUUGCCACAGCUCCAGCAGAGAUGGACCACUUUCCAGUUGGUCCAAGGGUGUCCGAUGCGCCGACGUCAUCAGCGUCGUCAGUGGCGCAACCUGUUAGCGCCAGGCGUCGUCAUCGCCCACCCAGCACCUCUGACACCAUAUCGACAGACGCUUCUGCUGGGUCGGGGUCACAAUCCGCGAAGAAGAACACUCGGGGACCGUGUCGGCAGUUGAAGACGGCGAAGGUCACCCGGGUGACCAACAGUCGUAUCAACAUUGAAUACGACGAGCGGCAUCGGGCAGCCUCGACGGCGGAAUUGCAUAGCUCUUUGGCCCACGACAUUGGUCAUGUCGUUCGGACCCAUUGCCCUAUGCAAUGGAAGUCUUGGAAGGUCAUACCUGACGAGGUCAAGAUGGAGGUGCGCGAACAUUUGUCGACGAACUACAACUUAGAGGACCUCGAUGAUGAGUCAUCGGCGUACGUCAAUAGACUUUUUGGUGAGAGGUACAAGCAGUGGAAGAGCGACUUGCACCACCAUUUUCAGGCAUUUGAUGAUCCGCAAGUCGCUCUUGAAGAGGGUUGCCCGACGGAGCUUGAGGGUCGGGAGGAUAGUUGGGCGUGGCUCUGCGCUCAUUUUCUGGCACCCGAAUAUGUGAAUAAGGCCACAGUAAAUAAGGGCAAUAGGAAGAAGAAGACUCUUCUCCACCAUUCAGGUUCCAGGCCCUUCUCAUAUAGGAUGGACGCACGACGACGGGCGGGGUCCAAAUUCCCGGAGAUCGACGUCUUUGGCGACGUUUAUGUUCGACCUGGGAAUGAGUUGGCCGAGUCCAUUCAUACGACGAUGGUGGAGAGGAGCCAGUUGGUUCUUCAGGAGUCUGCCUCCCAACUUCCUCCCGAUACUCCGCUCGAGUCUGUGCAUCCUCCACAGGAUGCGGGGUUUCAAAUCUUGACGGAGACGUUGGAUCAGACUCUCGGGAGGAGGCCCGGGACAUAUUGUCGAGGGAUGGGGAAUGCCCGGCGGCGGGAACCUAUACCCCGUUCAUCGUCGCAGUCAAACGAGGUGACUGCUUUGACAGCGACGGUGGCCGAGCUUAAGGGUCAGAUGUCUAUGAUUCUAGAGUCCCUUGCUCGGUCAGGCAUUCCAAUCCCGCAGUUUGGUUCCUCCUCGACCUCCGAGCCCCCCCAACCUGGCUACCAGACAUCUACCCCUGCCAACAAUGCCCAGACGUCCGAGCCGCAUCUCGCAGACGACCACGUUGAUUUUGGAACUUUAUUCGAUUAG